AUGGAGGGCGCAAGAAAAUCCUUCGGGGGCUACGAACAGAGGCCAUCUUUCAUGGAAUCUCAAGCUCCACAAGGACUAUUCGAGACCAACCUUCCUCGCCCAAAUAGCUUCUCCAACAACUUCAACAACAACUUCCAAAACCCUCAGAUCGAGAGCAAUGACAGCACUCGAGUAUCGACUCCUUCCAACGAGCGGGAUCUCGAGAAGUACGAGGAUGAAGACCCGAUCAAGAAAGACCCUCACCGAGUAACGUACCAAGGAUACGAUAUCUACGACCCAAACAGGCCGAAACUAGGGUUGAAGCAAAGAUUACACCACUUCACUUGGGCAUGGUGGACUCUCAUCAUGAGCACCGGUGGACUAUCACUUCUCAUUUUUGCACAACCGUAUCAGUUCCCCGGACUGAGACAAAUUGGUCUUGUCGUCUAUGUCAUCACACUCAUCCUCUUCGCCCUCACAGCCAGUGCCCUGGUUGCCCGGUUUUUCAUGUACCCAGGCGAUCUCAAGGCAUCAAUCUGCCAUGAGCGCGAGGGUUUCUUCUUCCCGACAUUCUUCCUGUCCAUCGCCACACUCAUCACAAGCACUUAUCGUUACGCCAUACCGGAGAAUGACGAGACUCUCCAAUGGGCCAUCCAAGUUGCAUUCUGGAGUUACCUGGCCGUGACACUCAUCGUCGCCGUCGGUCAGUACAGUUACGUCUUCCGACGUCACAACCUGGAAGUGAAGACUAUGAUGCCCACCUGGAUCCUGCCAAUCUUCCCGAUCAUGCUCACUGGCACCAUCGCCUCCGUCGUUGCCGACACUCAACCUGAGUUCAUGUCUGUUGCCAUUGUGUACGGUGGUCUCGCAUGCCAGGGUCUCGGCAUCAGUGUAUCGUUCCUCAUGUACGCACACAUGGUCGGGCGCCUGAUGUCAUUUGGCCUACCCAGUCGCGAGCACAGGGCCGGUCUUUUCAUGAAUGUGGGACCCCCAGCUUUCACCUGCCUAGCCUUUAUCGGCAUGUCAAACGGCCUGCCGGACAACUUCGACUUUGACUCAAAUGGCGUCAUGGACGUCCACUUUGUCCGUCAGAUGGCCGUUCUUGGUGGUAUCUAUCUCUGGGGCCUCAGCCUCUGGUGGUGGGGUGUUGCUGUCGUUGCAGUGAUCCACAGCAGGCCUAAGUACUUCCAUCUUGGAUGGUGGGCUAGUGUGUUCCCCAACACAGGCUUCACACUCGCAACUAUUACACUCGGCAACGCCAUCAACAGCAAGAUCGUGCUCGACUUUGCUGUGUUUAUGUCGGUGUGCAUAUUGUUGACAUACUUCUUUGUCUUGUACCACCACAUCCGGGCUGUGAUAGUCCAGGAUAUUAUGUACCCCGGCAGGGACGAGGACGUCGUCGAUCACUGA